CACCCCCGCCGCGGACUCUGUGGUCCGCACUCUGUGCCGCGGCCCGGGAAUCCGCCUGCUGCAGGCGAUGCCGACGGCUUAGAUACAGGUGGUCCCAGGCCCGCACUUCGGGGACGCUUCUCCGGAGGGCAGGGCACUUCCGCCACAGUAGGCAGCCUAGUGGGUGCACUUGAGGGCGGGCACCGCGGCUGGACUUGCAAUGGUGGUGGCCCUCUGCCUUAGGAGAGCCGGGCCGGGGCCGGGGUGUCUCCUCCUUGCACUAAGGGUGCUGCUGUGCUCCCGGGGUGCACAGAGCGCAGUGCCUGGGCCGGCAGCCUCGGGGCGAAGCUGUGCUGAGGCGGCAGUGUGGGUGCAGCAGGCAGAACUGGGGGGUUGGCCCUUGACCUGGAUGCGAGCGGUCCCCACCGCUUACCACACACAGGGCAGCCUGGGUGUGGACCCCAGGGCCCUCAUCUGUCCCUGGGCACAGGGAGCCGCAUCCAGGAGGGCUCUCGUGUGCAUUAGGUCAGGUCUGCCGGCGGCGCCCGCCGGGGCUGGCACACAGUACGCACUCAGUAAAAGGGAAUUAGUAAGAGCGACACAGGCCCUGCCUUCUAGGGGCGUAGAGGCCCCCAAACUAGGGAUUAAGCAAGCGAGGUGAAAUGUAGACAGAGGAGCACAGUUCAUCUGGAGAACUGUGCACCGGCUCUCACUUGGGGGUGAUUGGGAAGGUAGUGCAGGCAGUGAGGUUUGCCUGGGGCUUUGAAGAAUAGAUGGGCUUCCAGGGAGCUGGUAACGGGCAGCAAGAACCAGCUCCAUCCCAGGCCUCCCAGAGGGGACCGGGACCACCAUUGUUUGCAGUUUCUGAAAGUAUUUCAAGGCACAAAUUCAGGGGUCGGCGGGAGCAAUGGAAGAUCACAAGGAAGAAGAGAUGUUAGACAUUCUCCGACUGAACGUGGGUGGCUGUAUUUACACAGCCAGGCGAGAGUCCUUGUGCCGAUUUAAAGACUCCAUGUUGGCUUCCAUGUUCAGUGGUCGUUUUCCUCUAAAAACAGAUGAGUCAGGGGCUUGUGUUAUUGACCGCGAUGGACAUCUGUUUAAAUACCUUUUGGAUUAUCUCCAUGGAGAAGUUCACAUCCCCACAGACGAGCAAACCCGAGUCGCUCUACAGGAAGAGGCGGAUUACUUUGGCAUCCCUUAUCCGUACAGCCUGUCUGACCACUUGGCCAAUGAAAUGGAGACAUAUUCUUUAAGGUCAAAUAUAGAACUUAAAAAGGCUUUAACAGACUUCUGUGAUUCAUAUGGUUUAGUUUGCAACAAACCAACAGUUUGGGUUCUCCACUAUCUUAACACAUCCGGUGCAAGCUGUGAGAGUAGAAUUAUUGGUGUAUAUGCCACAAAAACGGACGGAACAGAUGCUAUUGAUAAGCAGCUAGGAGGAAGAAUUCACAGUAAAAGCAUUUUUAAAAGAGAGGCGGGCAAUAAUGUUCAGUACAUCUGGAGCUAUUACUCAGCAGCAGAACUGAAGAAAAUGAUGGAUGCCUUUGAUGCCUGGGAAGGAAAAGGCGUCAGCUACUGGCGGGUGCCGCACGAGCUGAUAGAAUGCUGGACCCUGGAGGAGCGGCCUUUGCUGGGGAGCCUGCGCCACAUGGCCCCGAUUCGGAAGAGGAGGCUGAUGGCGUUGGAUGAAGGGGAGGAAGGCGUGAACUGUAAGGCUGGUCCUAAACCUGUCAGGUUUUCGGGCCCUUCCACCAGCACCCAAAUCAAGGUCAAGAACUCGGCUUCAGUCCGGGUGUCCCCGUCUCCAGGUGGAAUGCCAGCUCAGCACUCUGCACUGUCUAAGGCCCUGUCCCUGGUGGGCACGGAGGUGCCUGGGCACUCCCCAUCGCAUGGGCCUGGGGGUCCUGAAAAUGGGGCCACAUCGCCCCCUCCAGCCAAGGUUCUGCUGUGCGACAAGAAGGCCACCCCACCCCGGGUGAUAAAGCUGAAGCGGACUCCACUGUGUGCCACGGGGCCUCCCCCGCCCACCUGCCCAGCAGCGAGCCCCGAGGGGGCCCCGCCACCCCAAGCGCCCACCUUGGAUGUGCGGACUGAGAACAGGCAGGACAAGACCGAUUGAAGGGAGCGCUGGGCUCCAGACGCCCUGUUGGCCUCCCAGGGCUGCCACCCGGUGAUGCACACAAGUGACACUGUCGAUGCAGUAGAGGUGACAGCGUCAUGUUUGCAUUCAGGAUAAUUACGGGGAAAAGAAAUUGCGACAUAAGACUGGAGGAGGGGAGACUUUAGGUGGUUGGGACUACAGUUCCUUCUCAUUUUCCCAACUUUUAAAUGAUUACUUGUCUACAGACAGUUUGAAUUUCUGGUUUUUAAUGUUUUUUUAAUGGUUGGUUGGUAUUAGGGCGACAAACCAGUACAGCAUCAUCACUAGAGAAGUUUACUUUGUUGCUGAAAUAAUUGUAGGCUGUAGGCACUUUGUAAUGUUUGUCAUAGCAGCCCAGGGGUAGGAGUGAGUCUGGCUGAGGUCCUCCUGCCUGGGACCAGCGAGGGUGCUGCAGGGCUCCCUGGUGGUAGCACAGCCCAGAGAGGCGGAGAGAACGCAGAUCAGGGGAACUUGCCCCAAGUUACUCUCAGUCUCAAAGGCGACAUGAGAAGAAAGAUGAGGAGGGGCAGAAGAUAGAGACCACACUUUGACGUUCAUUUAAUUAAACUGGAUUCUUUUCCAGA